AUGGUAGACGGGGAACCGAACUCUCCAACUUGGAAGUUCACCCAGUGCUUCGGUGAUAAGGGAGAUGUAGAGGAUAUUACAGAAGCGGACAUCAUAUCAACGGUCGAAUUUGAUCAUACAGGCAAUUACCUUGCCACAGGAGAUAAAGGCGGGCGAGUUGUACUAUUUGAGAGGAACGAGACAAAAAAAACUUGCGAAUACAAGUUUCACACAGAAUUCCAAUCCCACGAACCUGAAUUCGAUUAUCUCAAAUCCCUCGAAAUUGAAGAGAAAAUCAACAAGAUCAAGUGGUGCAAAAGACAAAAUGCUUCUCACUACUUACUCUCCACAAAUGACAAGACAAUCAAGUUAUGGAAAGUGUUCGAGAAGUCAUUGAAAGUCGUAGCGGAGAACAACUUAUCGCAAGAGCUGACUGCUGGAAAUUCAGCUGGUGGUGGGGGUGCUGUUCGACGCCGAUCAAAUGUUCACUACACAAGCUCUCACGACCUCAAGUUACCCCGCCUCACACAUCAUGAUACCGUGGUAGCAGCGGUACCGCGACGAACAUACGCCAAUGCACACGCAUAUCAUAUCAAUAGCAUCUCCGUGAACAGUGAUGGGGAGACAUUUAUCAGCAGUGAUGAUCUGCGGAUAAACUUGUGGAACUUGAACAUUCAAGACCAGAGCUUCAACAUUGUUGAUAUCAAGCCUGCCAACAUGGAAGAGCUCACAGAGGUGAUCACAGCUGCCGAAUUUCACCCACAGAGCUGUAACUGGUUCAUGUAUGCGAGCUCUAAGGGAACCAUCAAGCUUGCGGAUAUGAGAGAGAGUGCUCUGUGUGAUCAACACUCAAAGCAGUUCGAACAGGAAGAGGAUCCAUCAGCUCGCUCGUUUUUCUCCGAGAUCAUUUCCUCCAUCUCUGACGUUCGAUUCUCACACGAUGGUCGGUAUAUUCUUUCACGUGAUUACCUCACAGUCAAGAUCUGGGAUGUGAACAUGGAGAGGCAGCCAGUGAAGACAAUUCCAAUUCACGAGCACCUCAGACCGAGACUUUGUGACACCUACGAAAAUGACAGCAUUUUCGACAAGUUCGAGGUCGUCUUCUCCGGAGAUGCAAAGAAUGUAAUGACUGGAAGUUACAACAACAACUUCAUGAUCUAUCCGUCGGAUCCAGACAAAGAGGUUGAGGUAGUACUUCAAGCAGACAAGUCGGCGUUCAAGGCGAAGAAGGUCGGCGUACCGACACCAAUCAAUUCUUCGACCAGCCCAACUGCCACCAACGGAGGGAAGAAGGGUGGAUCAAGAGCUGGCAGUCCCGCGGCUGGAGCGACUGGCCAAGGUGGUAGAAUGAGAAAAGAGACUGAUGCCGAUCAAAUUGAUUUCAACAAGAAGAUCUUGCAUAUGAGUUGGCAUCCGUUCGAAGAUAGCAUUGCCAUUGCAGCAACCAAUAACCUUUUCGUCUUCUCGGCAUUGUAG